AUGAGUCGACGACAAAAUCCAUCAGAAUUUCUGAAACAGAUUAUUGGAAAGCCGGUUGUGGUGAAGCUGAAUUCAGGUGUUGAUUACCGUGGAAUCCUCGCCUGCCUUGACGGGUUCAUGAACAUUGCACUGGAGCAGACGGAGGAGUACAAUAAUGGCCAGCUGCAAAGCAAGUAUGGCGAUGCGUUUAUCCGUGGAAACAAUGUUCUGUAUAUUUCGACGUUAAAACGAUAG